AUGCCGCCUAUUACUCCUAUAUUGCACAGCAUUGCUGAGUCUAAUGAACUGCCGCUUGCAAACAUAAAUAGCACAGUGUCAUCAAAUAUCAUAAAUGCUGUAGAUCACUCCACCUCACUGCUAACAACAUCACUCACAGCAACAGAGGAUACUCCUGUUUUUCAAAAACUUUUUGAUUUCGAAACCUAUGAGCAAGACGGGCUUGCAGCCAGGCACUUGAUCAAUUUGCUAUUACUCAGCAUAGUAAUCAAUUUGGUCGUUGCAACGUGUUGCUUUUGUUGCUUUGGUUGUCUGUGCGGAUGUUGCGGUAUGUUCAAGAGUCUUCGAAGACUGUUCUGUUGUUGCGUGGUAACCAAAUGCCGGCAAUAUGGCGCCGAGGACAGAGAAAAAACAAAAAAACUAAAGUGGAAGAAACGAUGCAGAAAGCAUAAAGCGUACAAGAUCACUAAGUGA